GCGCGAUCGGCAGUCGGCGUUUGGGACUCGGUGUGUGCGGUCGCUGAGUCUUCGCUCCUGUGCGGCUGUCACAGUCGGUCCUUUCCCAGACUGGGACAGGGUGCGCGCCCGAGUGUGUGUGUGAAGGGGACUCAGGACAGAGGGUUCCCCGCACUGCUUUGGUUUUUUUGGGGGCUUUUGUUCGCUAGCUGUUCUCACUGGGGAGCGGGGUAACUGGGCGAGUGCUGCGUGUUUUUCUUCUGAAAUAUUCUUUUUUUCCUUCCGCCCGGGGCCGCCAGGGUUGCUUCCCGGUCCCCAGUAACUGCCCUCGCCACUUGGCCUCCCCUGCCCCGGUCCCCAGGCCCCCCCGCCCCGGUCCCCGCACCUGCCUCGCUAUGAACGGGCUCGGCGACCUACCCAUUUUCAUAAAAGAUAUUAAGCCCGGACAGAAAAACUUAAAUAUCGUCUUUAUUGUGCUGGAGAUAGGACGCGUGACCAAAACCAAAGACGGCCAUGAAGUGAGAUCUUGCAAAGUGGCAGAUAAAACGGGCAGCAUCACUAUUUCCGUGUGGGAUGAAAUCGGAGGCCUUAUACAGCCCGGGGAUAUUAUCCGGUUGACCCGAGGGUACGCGUCCAUGUGGAAAGGGUGCCUGACUCUUUAUACUGGGAGAGGUGGCGAACUUCAGAAGAUUGGGGAGUUUUGUAUGGUUUACUCAGAAGUGCCAAAUUUCAGUGAGCCCAACCCAGAUUAUCGAGGACAGCCGAGCAAAGGGGCCCACAAUGAACAGAAGACAAAUUCCAUGAAUAGUAAUGCGGGUACAGGUACCUUUGGACCAGUGGGCAAUGGUGUUCAAGCUGGCUCUGAAUCCAGGAGAUACCAGCUGUCAUAUGCCAGUAGAAGCAAUGGCCGGGGACCUGCCAGUCCGCAACUGCCAGCGGCAGCUAAUAAUCAAACAGUCACAACCACAAUAAGUAGUGGCAGGGAUCCUCGGAGAGCCUUUAAGAGAUGACCUAUGCCAGACAGUCACAUGUAGUUUUUAAACUACGUUCCCUACUUGAACACUUACUGCACUUUUAUUUAUUGUUAACUGUGAAAAGACGUCUGUUCUUUGUUGGUUUCCUUUUAGAUGUUUAUUUGUGUGGUUGGAUUUUAUAGCAAGUGUUAAGCUGCUCAGUCUCCUAGUGAAGAAUGGGAACACUCAGAAGAGUAGGGGCAUUUAUUUUUUGAGCAAAAUAUUACUAAAUAUUCUCUCUAAAAAUCCUGCACCCAUUUCUAGGGUGGAGUUACUUAAGACGCCAGCUUUAUAGCCUCUAUGAGUCUGUCUUCUGUAUAAGUUUUGUAACAUUUGACAGUUAGACUUAGUGGAGAUGUUCUUGUGUUUUAAGUCCAGAUAUUGCCGGCUAAAGCAAUAACCACCAAAAGAUAGAAACAAAAACCAGAAACUCAGUCAUUGCUAGUUGCAGUUUCUGAGUGUGUGUGACUCCAGGUGUCACUGACUUUACUGAGUGACUGUCAUUUAGACUUUCCAAGGACCGAAUCAUCUUGAAUUCUUGUCUCAUUACCAAGAAACAGAUUCUUUGUCACAAUUAUGGAACAGAAUGUGAUCUGUACUGUAACCAGUCAUUUUUAGAAGAAAGCCAGGGUUCCUUUAAUGUUCCUUACUUAGCAUUAUAGAUUACACUGAAGGGAACUUACAAACUGAGGCCUUGAGUAUUUUCAAGAUUACCAUGUUGAAGUAUAGUUGGAGUACACAUAAAAUGACAAUCAGCACUGUUCUAAUUAUAAAAAAUAAUUGUGGUAGAUAGACAUUAUCAUGAAGAUAAUUCAAGUUGAACUCAUGUAGUAAUACUCAGUCUCAAGUCACAAAUCUUAAGUAUGGAUAGGUCCCCAGCCUGAAAUGAAAAUCCUUGGCACCUCCUGUAAGUGGGGCGCCUGUGUGCUGUUGGUCUUGAACAUAGUUUGAUUUUGCAAAAGUUAAAUGACUCAAAUGAUUACAGCUUUAUUCAGAAAUGUUGCAGUUUAUGUGUCAUCAGUGGUACCACUUCUACUUUUUAUUGUAGGAUGGAUAACUUGCAAGCUUUUCCUUUGUUAGAAUUCAUGUUUUUACGUAUUACCUCUUGAAUAAAACUUGUGUUCAUGUUAA